AUGUCGGGAGAGGCGCCCGAGGCGCAAGCUGCGAGAACCGAAGCCGAGGAGCCUGUCCAGUCGAUCGAAAAGGACGGCGAAGGCAGGGAAAAUGAGAGCGAUGGAAGGACACCAGGCGCGGCCAAUGCUACAGCAGCUACUCAAGCAACCAGCCAAGUCACUGGCGAGCAAUGGAGGUCCAUGAUGGAUGUUGUCAUGGCAAUCUAUGAUAUCCGCGAAGAAGAUGGCCAUGACCCGUCGAGACUCUUCCAUCGCAGUGUCAACAAACGACAUGUGCCCGACUAUUACGAUAUCAUUAAAGAACCCAUGGCGCUGAGCAUCCUGAAGCAAAAGAUUAACAAGCGCGAGUAUAACAGUUUCGAACAGUUUGUCCGAGACUGUGCAUUGAUCACACACAAUGCGCAGACUUACAACAGACCCGAAUCGCAAGCUUACAAGGAUGCGCUUGUGAUCAAGGCUGUCUUGAAGGGCCUACGAAAGUUCAAAGAUCCUAGCGGUCAGCUCAAAGUACGCCACUUUGAGAGAUUGCCAGAUAAAGCAAUGUAUCCGGACUAUUUCAUGGAGAUCAGGGAGCCGAUGGCAAUCGACCUUAUCAAACGAAAGUCAAAACGAAAGAAGUUCCACUCGGUGGAUCACUUCAUGCGAGAUGUUGACUUGAUGUUCAACAAUGCCAAAUCAUACAACGAACCGAACAGUCAAAUCUUCAAGGAUGCCGUGGACCUCCAAGUGGAGGCGCACAAAUUGGCCGAACAGGAGAAAAGGAAGCCUGAUAGUGAAUACUUAAUGGAGGAUGGUCGCUUGCCUUUGCCAGCAGGCAUCGAAUACAAAGGAGAGCUUUGGAAGGUGGGCGAUUGGGUGCAUAUCCAAAACCCGAACGAUGUGACAAAACCAAUCGUCGCUCAGAUUUACCGAACAUGGCAAGAUUCUGAAGGCGAAAAGUGGGUUAAUGCUUGCUGGUACUAUCGACCUGAGCAAACAGUGCAUCAUUUUGAAAAGCAUUUCUUCCCCAAUGAAGUUGUCAAGACAGGUCAAUAUCGUGACCACCGCAUUGACGAAGUCGUCGACCGUUGCUUCGUCAUGUUCUUCACUCGGUAUAAUCGAGGCCGGCCACGAGGCUUCCCGCCUGACAAAGAUGUCUGUUUGCCAGACGAGGUCCGCGAGAAGGACUACGAGAUGGAUCUCUUUGAUGUACCGCGGCGCAUCAAGAAAAUACCGAGCCCCAUCAAACAUCUCUUACCUGCCGAUGCCAAAGAGACGGAUGAUGUACCUAAGCCUACGUGGGGGGCAGAGAAAGCACCCCCCUUGGUAGGCGCAGUGCAUCGGCGUCCGCGAGAUGAAAAUGAAUCACCACCUCCAGAGCCCACGCCAUCGCCCCCUCCCCAACCCAUGAUGCAUCAACCAGGCCUUGUCGCUACCCUACCUCAACAGCCCCCCAUAUCACGACCGCCAACUCGACAAGACGGUCUUAGUGAAAGCGCAUUAGGGGCUGUCAGUAACGUUGCGCCCGUGAGGUCACCGGCGGUUGGAACAUCGCUUCCGACGAUACCAAACCUUCCUAGUAGUAUUCCGGCGCAGCCAUAUCAACCCCAGGCAAUACCCAGUCCUGCGGCUUAUUACCAACCUUUACAAGCACGCACCGGGAGCUUUUCUGCGCCGUCAACACACCCAAGCACAUAUCAGCCUCCACCAGUACAGGCGGCGCAGUCCCCUUAUCCGACAACACAGGCCUCGCCGUACGCAGCACCGAGCCGCUUUCCACCUAAUUUACCGCCAGCACCUCCAUACAAUCCCAAUGCACCGCGACCUAUCGAGGUGUUCCAUCUGAGUGACAUUGCGAAUGCAGCAAUUCCGACAGAAGUGCGGUCUCAAUUCCAUUGCGACGAUCAUGGGCGGGUCUUGUUCUUCUCGACUCCGCCAAUGGACAUGGUGUCUACGGAGAAGAAGCAACUAGGUCAUUCGCUGAAGUAUCUGGCCGCUAAAGCAGCGAAAGAGGAAAAACGCAAACGGCGACAAGAAGAAGAAAGCGAACAGCGCAUGUCGUUGGAUAAUGAUGAUGAUGAACAGAGAACAACAAAACGCACUCGCCUCGAAGAAGAAGAAAUCGACCCUUCGCGAGUGCGCAAACUAGUGGAGAAGACACUGGCACUUGUCGCGAAUGAUAUCUCCGCUGGUACCGAUGGGCUUUACAGGACACUUUAUGGGGACAACAAAGAACUCGCGACAGAGAUACAAACAGCAGAUCGCAAACAGCACGAACAAAACAUUCAAGCUCAUAUACUUGCUCAAAGGACGGUCGACGAAAUAAAUGCCCAGACGAUUGACGAUUUGGCGCCAAGGAAGUCACUAUCUAGCUGCUUGUACCACGUGCAAUACGCGCUCUCCUCACAAUUCACUGUGGCUUUCGGUCGGUUCUUCAAGAGGCACUUCAGCAUGGCCUGGUUCUGUUCAGGCACGAGCAACACCGAGCUCAUCGAGAAUCUGUACAGUGCAGGCCUCAUCAAGAAUGCACGAGUGAAAGAGGCAAUGCUUGGUUUGCCUUGUAUCUUGCUUUUCACAAUCUUAUUUGUCAAGGUCGAUCGAGGUCAUUAUGCUCCGUCUAGUCCAUACUCUGACUCACCUCAAGCCAUCGGCUACGGUGCAACAAUCUCCGCGCCUCACAUGCACGGCCAUGCCUGCGAAUACCUGAUUGACUACCUGCAUCCUGGCUCGCGCGUGCUAGACAUUGGGUCUGGAUCCGGAUACUUGACGCACGUCAUAGCCAACCUAAUAACAGACCGGUCUUCGCCGCCAACGGAUGCUGACGGUCACGUAAUCGGCAUUGAGCAUAUACCAGAACUGGUUGAUCUGGCGCGAAAGAACAUGGGUAAGUCGGAGGAUGGGCGAGGGUUUUUGUCUUCGGGCAAAGUGCAGUUCAUUACUGGAGACGGUCGUCAGGGUUGGAAAGAAGGCGGUCCGUACGAUGCUAUUCAUGUAGGCGCUGCGGCUGCAAAAUUGCAUUCGGCCCUCGUUGACCAGUUACGGGCUCCCGGUCGAAUGUUUAUUCCUGUCGAAAGCGAGACCCCCGAAGGUGGUCUGAGUCGCUUAGGAGUGGGCAAUGGGCAAUAUAUAUGGGUCGUGGAUAAGAAAGCCGAUGGUUCAGUUCAGAAGGAGAAAGUUUUCGCAGUCAGCUACGUACCGCUCACAGAUGCACCACCCGGCUGA